AUGAUUGUUCAAAUGUCGGGAGCUCAAUUAAAAACACCCUGUAUGAUAAAAUCAAACAUGGGUCAUGCUGAGUCCGCAUCAGGUAUUUGCGCUAUGAUUAAAGCCUGUAUGGUAUUUCAAAAAGGUCUGAUUCCUCCUAAUUUGCAUUUAAAAACGCCUAAUCCAAAGAUUGAAGGACUAAUGAAUAAGAAAAUUGUUCCAGUUACAAAGAUUAUCCCUUUCAAAGAUGAAAUUAUUUCACUGAAUUGUUUUGGUUUCGGUGGUGCUAAUGUUCACGUUAUUCUCCGUGGUCAUAAUGUUCAAUCAUCGGCUGAUGAGUUCAAUUUAACUCUAUCAAAAUUGCCUCGAUUAGUGAAUAUCCCUGGUCGUUCAGUUGAGGGCAUAAAACAUGUCCAAAAUUAUCUCGAAUCAUCGGUCAAUAAAUUAACCAGAUCAUUUCUCGAUCUUCUUAACGAAUAUUCAAAAACUCGUAAAAUGCCUCAUCGUGGAUUCACAUUGAUUGAAGGAGAACCUGGAAAAUAUUCGAUGAAACAUUUCAUUGGAAAUCAACUCGAUUCAGUUGAACAUAAAAAAGUCUAUUUAACAUCAUCAACAAAUCUAAUCAACGUUGAUCCAAAUCUUAAAGAUUUACCUGUUUUCUCUGAUACAAUCAAUAGAUUAGAAUCUUACCUCAAACCUUUUAAAUCGAAUUUAUUUGAUCUCGUUUUCGGUGAGAUGGAAGUUUCCAACCCUUUGGAGUCGAUUGUUAAAUCAAUUGCUAUUCAAUUGGCGAUUGUUAAUGUAUUUAAAUCGAUACAAUUAAAUAUCGAUGGAGUUGCGAUUUCAACAAUUGGAUCUUUGAUUAAUCUUUACGCCAACAAUAAGAUGACUGAACAAGAAGUCAUUCUAACGGCUUAUUGGUUCGGACAUUUCGUCCAAAUAAAAGACCAAUCGAUAAUCAAUCCAACAAUUGAAGUUUUAUCAUCAUGUGAACAAAUUAAACCUCAUUUAUCAGAAGGAAUCAAACUCACCAAGAAAACUUCAGGUAAAUCAUGUAUCAUCUCUGGACAUUAUGAAGAAAUGUUCAAUACAAUUGUCGAUCUACAAAUGGCUAAUAUUACGGUCAAAUGCCCUGAGGAAUCGCUUGAGAAUGAUAAAUUUUCUGAUUUGAAUGCAAGUUUAUUGAUGCGUCCAAUUAAAUAUCAAGAAAAAAUUAAUAUGAACCAUUUAAAAAGUUACCUGAUCAGAAACAUCCUUCGUCCAAAUGAGUACAUUCGAGUGAUUUUGGAGUUGACAGAACCAACUUCAAUCCUGAUAGUCAAUGCUGAUGAUCGCCAAUUCUUCUAUCCUAAAUCAAUUACCUACGAAAAAAGUUCAGAGACCGUUGAUAAACUUUCUGACAUAAUAAACACAGUUAUUUGGAAUAUUGAAGAAUCGCCCGCCCCAAGUGACGUGAGCAAAAAUGAUUUAGUUAUUUACAAAAUGGCUAAUCAGUCGAUUGAUUCAUUAAUCUCGAAUAUAGAAAAAAUUCAAUCGAUUCUAAAACCCAAUGGUCAUUUGUUGAUAUUGACCAGAGAAAACUCAUCAAAAUUAGAAAGUCUAAGAUCGAAUCUAUUUGUUCAAAAUCUGUUGAAAGAUUUUCUUCCAAAUUCAAUUGACUCAAAUUCACUAAUUGAAAAAAUGAAUGAAAAUAAUUGGGUUUGUAUAAGUCAACGAACACUUUCACCUACUUCGUUGCCUUUAGUCGGAUUAAUGUUCAAGAAGUUACCAGAGUCGAUUAAUCUUGAGAAACAUAAAAUUAUCCGAGUUAAUCCAUUUGAAUAUUCGUGGCUCGAUAAUCUAAAGGGUGAAAUAAAAGCUGAUGAAGAAUCAAUAAUUUGGUUGAUUAGUCAAAAUGUAAGUGUACUCGGUUUAGUGAAGUGUUUAAGUUUAGAACCUUUUGGAUCUCGAAUUCGUUGUGUGGCUCUUCAACCAGGUUCUAAAGGAAUCGAUUCAUCAUCAAUUGAUUUGCAUAGUGCAACUUUCCAUCAACUAAUAACCAAUGAUUGUAAAUUCAAUAUUUAUGACGAUAAACUCGGAUGGGGAGAUUAUUGUCACUUCGAGAUUCCAACUAAACCAGAGACCGAUAGCAAAUGUUUAGUCCAAAGUAAAGAUGCUUAUGUCCAAUGUUUAAUUCCUGGUGAUCUUUCAUCACUUGUAUGGACUCAAUUCAAUCCGAUUCCUGAUCCUAAAAAAGGACAAUCCCUCGUGACAAUCAACUAUUCGUCUCUUAAUUUCAAAGAUAUUAUGCAUACGACUGGAAGAUUACCUUCUAAUCUUAAUCCCGAUUGGCGUAUUCCAGUAGAAAUGUCGACACCAAUCGGAUUAGAAUAUGCUGGUGUCGAUUCGAAUGGUAAUCGUCUCAUAGGCAUUGUCCCUCAUCGAGCAUUAGCGACUAAACUCAUAAUUGGAUCAAAUGAUUUCUGUUGGUCUGUUCCUUCAACAUGGACCAUGGAAGAUGCUGCAACCGUACCGGUUGUUUAUGCAACUGCGAUUUAUAGUCUAUUGAUUCGCGGUCAACUUCGUCAAGGAGAAUCUGUUCUUAUUCAUGCAGGAACAGGAGGUGUUGGAAUAGCAGCGAUAAACAUUUGUUUGAGUAUGAAUUGUAAGAUCUUUACAACGGUUGGUACAGAUGAGAAACGGAAUUUUCUUCAAGAACAAUUGUCUUCACUGGACGAGACGAGUUUCGCUCAUUCGAGAUCGACUUCAUUCGAAGAACAUAUUCUUAGACACACGAAUGGUCGAGGUGUUGAUGUGAUUCUCAAUUCAUUAUCUGAGGACAAACUACAAGCAAGUGUUAGAUGUUUAGCACCGGGUGGACGAUUUCUCGAAAUCGGUAAAAAUGACAUUAAUCAGAAUAACAAGAUCAACGUGGGACUCUUCGAUGAGUGCCAAACUUUUCAUGGAAUUAUACUUGAUUCGUUCAUUGGCUCUGCGAGUUGCCCGAUUAGUAAAGAAGGUGGAACGAAACAUAUCAAAAAGAAAAUCAGUGCAUAUAUGAACCAAGGAAUUGCUACAGGAAUAGUAAAGCCCAUUGCACGAAAAGUAUUCGAAAUGAACCAGGUUGAAAAGGCUUUUCGAUUUAUGGCCACCGGUAAACAAAUUGGUAAAGUACUGGUCAAGAUAAAUAAUGGAAAUGGAGAUGAUGAAAGUUCUUUGACAACAGAAACAUUGACCAAAAUAAAUGAAACUUCAUCAAUCACUGAGUCACUUGGUGCCAAUGUCAUCAUAUCAACUCACGAUUUAACUAAAGAACAAGAUUGUUGUUCUCUUUUCGAAUCCCUUUCACCUUAUCCAAUUGGUGGGAUAUUUAAUUGUGCUCUCGUUUUGUCUGAUGCUUUAAUAUCCGAUCAAAAUGCUGAAACUUAUGAAAAAGUUUGUUCGUCUAAAGUAAAAAUAACCAAGAAUUUAGAUAAAUUAACUCGCUCAAUGGCUCCAGUUGAUUGUGAUUAUUUCGUUUGCUUCUCAUCAGUAGCUUCUGGACGAGGUAACAAAGGUCAAUCUAAUUAUGGAUUAGCCAAUUCUUACAUGGAAUCGAUUUGUCAAGAGAGAUUCAAACAUGGACUUCAUGGUCUAGCGAUCCAAUGGGGAUACGUUGGUGAUGUUGGAUUUGUUGUUGAGAAAAUAGGUGUUAGCAUUGUUUCAGUUCGUGGAACAGCAGCUCAACGAAUCCACUCUUGUUUCUCUGUACUCGAACGAGCAUUGACUUAUCCCGUACCUGUCGUGUCAAGUUCGGUGAAACCAAUUGAUACCAAAAGCUAUUCAACCGGAUCUGGGGAUAUAGUCAGCUCAAUUUGUCACAUUUUGGGUUUCAAAGAUAUUAAUUCACUUGAUCUUAAUGUUACUUUGGGCGAACUUGGUAUGGACUCAUUGAUGGCAAUCGAAGUCCAACAAGUUUUAGAGAAACAGUAUAAUAUUUUAAUGAAUUCAAAGGAGAUUCGAUCCCUAACAAUCAUUAAAUUAAAGGAAUUAUCAAACAAAAUUAAAAAUGAUAAACAAACAUCAGAAUCAUUAACAAAUGCCUCGACCAUUAAUGAAUCGAGUGACACAAAUUCAAUGAUUGGAUCACUUUUAUCUCUUCAAGUUCCAAAAUCAAAAAUCAGCAAUCUUAAUGAUUUAGAAAAAUCAAAUUCAUUCGAGCCAAUUUAUUAUGUUCCUCCUAUUGAAGAAAAUUAUGAUUUAAUGAAAGGUCUCAUUGAUCGUAUUAAAAGACCAGCACUUGGACUUAAUUGGCCUUACGAUCUUUCCCUUCUCACUUCAAUCGAUUCUUCAGCAAAUUAUUAUGCUGAUUAUCUAACCAAGUGUCAUUCACCAAAUGACAAAAUACACAUGGUUGGCUACUCGUUUGGAGGUAUUAUUGCUUAUAAUAUCGCUUGUGAAUUAGAGACUCGAUUUUUGUCUAACGGAAGUGGGCCGAUAAUCGAGAAAUUAAUUCUGAUAGAUGCUGAUCCUGAAAAGUUGAAAAAAGUGGCUGAAAUAACUAAAAAUACUCGAGUUAAAACUAAAGAUAUGAAUAUUCUAGAGACCGAAUUUGUUAAAGGAGCCAUUCAGCGAGUGUUUUCAAAUUUAGAUCCGAACCAAUUCGAUCUCGAAAUAAGAAAUUACUCCAAUCGAAAAGAAAGAUUCGAAAAAUUCACAAAAAUAAUGAUCGAUAAAGGAAUUCCCGAAGAUAAGGCAGAUAUGAUUUCUAAAGUUAAUGAGUUAACUUUUCAAAAAGGACAAAUGCUCAUCAAUUAUUCACCAAAACUGAAAUCGAAGCUAACUGAAAUAGUUCAUAUUCGAGCUAAAACUGAUUUACCAUUAUUCCAAAGUUCAAAACAAACUGAUUUCAAACUUGGAACCGAACACUUUUUUGAUGGUAAUCAUCACACGGUAAUCGGAUCAAAUUUGGACGCUAUCGAGAAAAUAACAAACAAUUUCUUCGAUAUCCAAGAAGAUGAUAACAAUAACGAUUUAACAAACAUCCAGCAAUCUAUUAAUAAUUGAAUUAAUAACCAAGCAUUAUAAUCAAAAAUUGUUUAAGAUAUGAAUUCAUAUAAAUUUCGAUAAAUAUGUGUCUUUUAUCAAAUAUCAUAUAUUAAUCUUAAGUUGAAAGUUUCCUUGACAUUUAAAUCAAUAAACAAUCUAAGGAGGGUCUCCCAUUUUUUUCACUUUCAAUCAAGAACUAUACUAAUCGACUUUGUA